UCCAUGCAACUGUUGAACUGUCAUUAUUUUUGUGAGAACAAUCACUCACUGCCUCUUAAAAAGAGUCUGAAGAGGGUGGGAGUAUUCAGUUAGGUCCUCUGUAACGUGAAUGGCAAUUUUGGACCAUUUUGAUCAGAAUUCCUGUUGUUAAAAUGUUCAGGUCCAUAGAUAUGAUGCUGUAAUUGAACGGUUUUAAAUUAGAGAUCAAAGAGUUGGAUAAGUUUGGUAUGGAAAACCAAGGUUGAAUUAGAAAGAAUCUAGCCAAUGAAAUCAUGUGUCCCCACAGACGGUGUCCAGAGCGUGCCUUUCCUCGCGCCAAGCCUCCGCCGGUUAAGAGAUACUGGUAGUUUGUGGGACGAGAAUGGUAACAAGCCCGAAGUGUCUUGAAUCCCUUGAGACUGUUCGGGCAUUUGUUAUAUUCCAACAUGGCGGCUGCAUUUGAUCCUUUCAGUUAGCCGGCAAGUAAUGGGUAGACACAGCUCAGAUUCGGACGACGAUAGGCGAAAGAAACACAGAUCUUCCAGGAAGCGUGAAAGAAGAAGUCGAAGUCGAGAACGGCGAAAGCGGUCAAGAUCCCGCGAUCGAAAACGAAGCAGAUCAAGAAGCAGUAGUUAUGAAGAUUACAGACGCAGCAGAUCAAGUCGAAAAGAUCGCAGGUAUAGCCGAUCAAGCAGCAGCAGAAGCUAUAGUAGUAGCUCAAGUGACAAUGAAAGCAGGAGAAGCAAAAAAGAUAAAAAGAGUUCAAGUUCUCAGAGCUCAAAGGAAAAAACAAAACAAAAGAUGAAGAAAGCUCUGGCAAAAGCAGAAUCCAAAGAUGAAGUCCUGAAAAGAGACAAAGCUACAAAGGAAUUAAAGCAGCUAGCACCUAACAAGGAGGCUAUAUUACAGAUAGAAAGUAAUGAGUUUGUGCCGCAGUCAUUCAGUUCAUCUGCAGGCUCGAAAGACCAACAGUUUGGUGGAAAAGACAUAGAUGAUAGUCAUGAAGCAGCCAUGUUUGGCGCUGGUGGUACAGUGUCACAAGUUACUCCGUCGUCUACUGCUGCUGCUUUACCUGAUGUGAAGACCACACCACAGCCAGUUAUGACACAAUCAGUCGAUAAGGAGGGUCUGUUUGCUUCAUGGCUUCACGAAGACGAAGAAACUAAGACGGCCCGCUGGAUAACCAAGUUGAAAAAGAUGCGACAGGAACUACUGGCAGCAACGUAACUUAAGUAAAUAGUUAGAACUAAGACGCAAAUAUCCUAUAUAGCCCACGUCUUAUUUAUAUUAAAGAAAACUUCUCAAGCAGGUUUUUCCUCAGUCUGUUUUAUUGAAAAUAAAUUUAAGUCUUUUCUUGUUUUGUUUUCCUCAAACAGUUCCAAAUGUUAAAUACGCCACUUCUGUUGUGUUCAACACAAAAAAUUCUCGGCUGAUAUAAACUUAUCUAAGAUUGUUUUCAAACUUUCUUAAAACUUAUAUUUACAUAGGAGCUCUCAUUAUCUUUCUUUACAUAACUUCCUACACUCUAGCGUACAAAAAACGUCUGGGUAAUGUAAAUAACUUAAUUGAAUGGUAUUGUGGAAAAUUCACGUAACGGGAAACAGUUUCUGCUCGAGAUCUAAACGAUUCCAGCAUUAAUUUCGUAACACCACUCCUCUCUUCUUUGAAGAACUAUUGCUAAUAUUUUCCUUGAUGCCAUUAAGCUCGAAAGCUUACAAUGAAGUUAACGGUAUAAGUGUUUUUGUUUCGAUUUUUUUUUCUUUUUGAAAUCAAGCUAUUCCGAUCUUUCUUACUUCAUCGGGUAGUUUUGGUUUCCCCUUAUUUAAAUUAACGUUUGCUUUCAAAAGUAGCAAGAAACUUUAUGUUGUAAUGUCAAGGGAAAGCAGGCUACCUCUUCAAACUCCAAUGCAGCUGAUGAUAUUAAAUUUUCGUUAUUAAAAAGUGAACUUUGUAUAAAAAUAACAAUUCAAAUAAAACUUCGAUUACCAAUGAGA